AUGAGUUUUUCUACAACAUGUGAAUUCGAUCACUCUAAAAAUAUCCAUCGUAAAUUAAAUACACUUCAUAUAUAAUCAAGAAAACAUGUUGAUCCUUUAGUGACAACUAAACCAUUCGAAACACGAAAUCAUGGAUAGCUAUUUGAACAACAUUUUGCUCAUUACUUGAAAGGUGACUUAAAUUUAUAGAGAUUAAUACAAACACUUAACUACCCAAGACUUAAUGCAGAGCAAGAAUUGUAACCUAAACAUAGAAUGACUCUAAAAAUAAGAUAGUAAACUGAACAAAGAAAAAAUUAUCUAAAAAGUAAAAUUGUAAGAGUUCGUAAUUUAAUCAAAGAAAAAGUAGCAAUAAAGAAACCUCAUAAUGAAGAAAUACGAUAAGGUAAUGCUCAAACUCUAACUAUUGUACAAACAAUAUUAGAUAUAGCAAAUCAUAGAGAAAACUCAAUGGGUUAUUAAGAUAAAUUGAUACCUAAAACAAAAAGUUUAAAGUAAUAUCGAUUGAAUUAUGACAAUGUUGAACCUGUUUGUAAAUUACAAUAAUAGGUAAUUCAAAGUAUUCCUCCAAGAUCGUAUUUAAAAACAGUUCUUGAAAAUAAUGCUUAACUCUAUCUUUAGGAAUUGUAAACAAGAGCUGAAUAACAUGAAUAGAACAUUAAUAAGAUGGUUCGAUUGAGCAUUCAAACAAAAAGAAAAGACUUCACUUUAUUUCAUAAGGCUGCAAAAACAGAUCGUAGAAAUUAAGAUGGAAUAUUAACUCAUGCUGAUAUAUAAUUGUAUGAUUACUUAUACAAUAAACCUAAGGGAGUAAUGAUUGAGAAGCAUCCAAAAUAUAUUUAAAAUGUAAUUGAUUCUGAAAUGGAUUUCCGUAAGAAUUUUGGUAGAAAAGUUCUUACUCACAGAUUCAACAGAACUCAUUACAAUUAAGAUCCACCAGAUAAUGCAGAUGAUUCUUGUGCUUCAUCUUUACAAUCAGCUUGUGAAAUAAAACUAGACAAUUAUUAUACUGAAACUAGAGAAUGGAAACGUAAAUAAUAUCUCCAAUUGCCAAGACGUAUCAAAUAAUUGAUUGCUUUAGAAGAAUUAAAUUAGUAAUUCUCACCUAUUCAUAUAGAAAAGCCACCCAUACGACAGUUAAUAAGUUAGAAUCUUAAUGA